AUGGUGCCGGUACCAAGGACAAAACCAGCACCACCACCACAAUCAACAAUAGUACCGACAUCGGCACCAGCGACAAUGCCGGUUUUUGUACCACCAACACCAUUAUUAUGUGACUGUGCACCGAUCUAUGAUAUGUUGAUUAAUAUUGGAAGAUCAGACACCCUAGGAGACACUGUCGACUUGUAUCAAAAGCUGGAUUUAGAUUCCAGUUCAGUAGAUAAAAUAAGAGAAGGGUCAGUCUCGUUAAUGUCGGUGGUAGAAGCACAAUGUGGAUCCAGCAACAACAACGUGUGCAAAAUCAAUACCGGCAUAUAUUAUAUAACUAAGAGUCAUACGGUGAUCAAGUUUUUAACCAAAUUCACUGGCGAUAGGAUAGAAGACUUUUUGAGAGAAAUACAUUGUGGACUGAUACUAAAAGAGGUUAAGGGUGUCGUGAACAUAGAACACGUCUAUCCAGAAGCACUCUGCUACGAAAUGCCCUUUCUGGGUCUAUCUCUAGAUUACUUCCUUUACGAUGAGCUCCGCUCGAACACCUUUCUACCUCACUUUCUUUGCAAGUGUACGACAUUGGGGUUAGCGGAAGACAUUGACGGCAAAACCCUCAUAGUCGAAUGUACGGAGAGGCUUGUGCAACAAUUACCCAACGUGAUUAUCGAGAUGGCAAAUAUUCUAAUGAGACUGGGCGAUCAGCAGAUGGUGUGUCUGGACAUCAAACCGGAUAAUUUUGUCAUAGAUGUACGUAGCGGCCAACCGUACUUGAUCGACCUGGGAUUUAUGACGGCCGUUGGGACGAGAUAUUCGAGCUAUGAUUUCAACAUAUAUCCGAACGAGAGACAUCUGUAUCCUCAGUCGCCACCCGAACUACUAGAAGCAGAAGUGUGUGUACAGAAGAGCAUGACAUAUGGAUUGUCCUUUACUCUGGAACAGAUCGUAAAAAGACUCUUCUGCAAGAGGUAUGACGUUUCUCUCUUGUCGGAGAACUUCACAUUUAAAAAGUGGAUUCGAGAAGGUAGACAGAGAGAUAUUGAGGCGAGACCAGAGAUUCGCGACGUAAUAAAUAUAGUCCGAACAUGCUAUCCCAUGUUGCCCCCUAUAGAUGUAUAA